CAGAAAUCCUGAGUUAUAGUCAUGAGGAGCUUGAUAGUUUUUGCUCUUGUUUUUAUUGGCUGCCAAGCCAAUGUGAUCUGGCAGGACCAAGCCAAACUAAGUAUGGAAAUGGUGAAAAAUGCAUUCUGGGAUUACGUGGCCAAGGCAACUCAAACAACUGAAGACAUUCUGCAGAAGAUCAAGGAGUCUGAAAUGGGACAAGAACUCAAUGCCAAGAUUUCUGAGAGCGCAGAAGCCAUCAACAAGUACGCUGUGGCCAUUCCAGACCAGAUAACUCCUCUGACUCAGGAGUUUCUCUCUAAGAUGUCCCAGGAGGCUGAGCAACUGAAGGCACGUCUGCAGCAAGACAUAAGCUCUGUGAAGAGCCAGCUGGAGCCGUACAUUGAGGAACUGACGCUGGAUAUCCAGCGUCAGGUGGAACAGUGGAAGAAGGAAGUGACUCCCUACACAGAUGCUCUGCAUUCUGAGGCUCUGAGAGCUGCUCUACUCCAGAAGAGUGAGGAGCUGAGGAUGAGUCUGGAGAAGAGCAUGAGUGAGCUUCAGGCAAAGAUGGAACCCCAAGCAGAGGAGCUGAAGCAUAAACUGGAGCAGCACCUGCAGGACUUCCAGAAGAACAUAGCCCCAUUCUUCCAAAGCUUCCAAAGCCAGCUUGUCCAGAGCAGCCAGGAACUGCAGCUGAAGUUGGACCCUUAUGCUCAAGACCUGAAAGCCCAACUCACUGCUCUCUGGGAGGCUUUUGAAAAGAUCAGCCAUUAAAUCAGAUCACAUUUGCUGACCCGGUGACUCUCACUUUUGCAUGAAAAA